CGGCCGAGACGGCCGCCCGAGGCAGACUGACCCGACUCGUCGGCCGGUCGGCAGCGAGCCCCCGAGACGGCACGGCGGCCGGUCUCGACCGCAGGCACAGUGCAACGUGGGGGCUCGAGCAGGCAGCAUCCGGGAGCGAGGGGAGCGGAAGGAGCGACGCGACAGGACAUCGAGAGGAGCAGAGCGGGACAGCAGGACUGGAGCGGAAGAGAAACAGGAUUGCUUACGGUAUACUGGCGUUAUAGCUGCUAUAGAAGAACCAAGACAGAACGGAACUUGGCAAACAUUGAUACAAGAAGUUUUCUGUCCAUGAAGACGGGAAAAUAAAACAACGGAAAAAGACCGAAUAGUGUACAUAUUGCUCCGGAUAAUUUCUGUAGACUGGUGUCUUGCCUCUAAACGGCAGUGCAACGAUACGUGACAACUAGGAUCAGCGAUAGAACUCUUUUUGAGUGUCGCUUUAGCACGGUCUCCGUGCCACGCGUCGCUGAAAGUCAAGAAUAUAAUCAGUGUCGUGUUUCACGUGCUCGUGCUGCAAGAUGACACCAAUGGCUCGUCCGUCUCUUCUGGCAAUCGGUGCACUCCUUUGCUUGUGCCGGCCGGCGGCGUCCCUGGAGUGCCGAUGGCUGAGUCUGACCAAGAUCCGGCGGGGAGACGUGUUACGGUUCACCUCACCCAACUACCCGUCAAACUACCCGAACCUGCACAAGUGCGGCGCCAAGUUCUACCCGGCCUCCAAGAACGUCCAGGUGCAGCUCACCUGCAACGACGUCUCGCUGUACAGCGACUCGGGCAUGUGGUCGUACCUGCGCAGCCUGUUCCUCUCCUACGACUGGGUGUUCCUGGCCAGCGGGCCGUGGAUGCAGUCGUUCCCGCGCGACGACUCCAACCUGCCCGCCUCGUGGACUACCAAAGCCGGAGAGAGCAUCCACUUCGGCUUCUCGUCCAACCUGUACGGCACCAGCCGCGGCUUCCAGUGCACGGUGAUCGGAGUCCAGGAGCAGCCGGAGACGCGCUCCUGCGGUCUGAAGAACACGGCCAGGAGGAGCGCGCGUAAACUGGGGGGUGUCAACGCCACGGCGACGGGCCGGCAGAGCCCGCUGCCGGCUCCGCUGCCCGGCGGCGGCGGCCUGGCGCCCGAGGAUAACAAGAUCUUUGGCGGCGAGGACGCGGAGGAGAGCGAGUGGCCGUGGAUGGUGUUCCUGAUCAUCGAGGAGACGGACGGCACCAACGGAUUCUGCGGCGGCACCAUCAUCAGCGAGAACUACAUCCUCACGGCCGCUCACUGCUUCGAGAUGGUGACCCCGGGCACCACAGCGACCGUGCUGUACGGAGUAUCGGACCUCACGCGCACCGACGUUCAGUUCGUGAUUCCGGAGGAGGUGAUCGUUCACCCCGACUUCAAACGGGACGCCAAUGGCGCCUUCCUGAACGACAUUGCGCUGCUCCGACUGGGCACCGGGCUCACAUUCAGCGACACCGUGGGACCCGUGUGCCUGCCCUCCUUCUCGGACCGAGCGAAGUCCUACCAGGGAGACGCCGAGAUCACGGGCUGGGGUCAGCUGAGCAACACGGACCCGCUGACAUCGAGUCUACAGGAGGCCAAGGCGCGCUUGCUAGACCUGGGCCAGUGUAAGCAGCGAACGGACGACGCCGUCACCUUCGAACAGCUCUGCUCAGACCCCGUCACCGGCAUGAGCGUCUGUCCGGGCGAUUCAGGGGCGCCAUUAAAAAUCAACGACUACGACGAUCGUUAUACACAGAUCGGCCUGGUCAGCUACGGCAGCGCCUCCUGCGAGGCCGACGGCAAAUUCGCCGUCUACACGCGCGUCGACCAGUACCUCGAGUGGAUCAGGGACAACUCGGACGUCACCAUCCGGCCCUGAACACGUCAUUGUAGACGUCGUAGUGAUGUCAUUUAAGGCAUGUAGCUCUGCUCAAAACAGGUGUGGCGCCAUUGUCCACUGCUGGGCGAAUUCGGGUGUAUAUAUUAUGAAGACUGGCAACCGUUGAUGAUCAUUUAACGGAAAAAUGUGUUGCGAUCAGACCCAAUUUGCAGUUGCCGUGCUCAAAAUUAGCACAGCCCGCAACGUGCGGUCACCGACAUCCAUUCCACCGCUCCCCUCCCCGGCAUCCGGUUUUCGUGUCAGCUGGUCAUCUACGGAACUGGUCCGAUGGACCGGUAAUUCACCCCCACCCCACCCCACCCCACCCCCACCCCCACCCCAUCCUCACCCCGUCACCUCACUCCAGUGACCGAGGCGAGUUGCGUCACUAUCCCCGGUGAUCUGGAGAGUGUGUGCGCACGCGCCGUCUCGGAAGGGUACACCAAUGAUGAGCGGCGCCCAUUCGAGCCUGCAGAGCGGUCACGAGACUGCUAUUCACGCACCAGAGGCCUUAGAGGGGUCUGACGGUGAGCAGCACCCCGGCAUAGGUACCGACCCGGUUUCACCGCCGAUGUUUUUGCCCGGGGAGGGAUGCGGACCGAUGAAGUUCUGAGUUCCCGUUUGUUGAAAAUGGCGGCACGUUGUUACGAAAUGAUUGAUGCGGUAGGCAGUUAUUGGGUGUGAGUGAUGACAGGGUAGGUACGCUUGUGCACGUGAUCUAUGUCACCAAGAAGCGCCCGCUUAUUGGCUUCCGCCCGACGAGCAAUUAAAAUUGUAGAUUUGGCCGGGGAACAGCUUCCAGUUACAAUGUUUAAAGCAACAUCGAAUCGCGCUGUUUCGAAGAAGCUUCAUAUUAUUUUGUUUUUCGAGGUUCACGACUCACGUACGUACUCUUAUUGCAAUUGCGUGAAAUAGGGAUCUGCCGAAGCGUUCUGUAGUUGACGACGCUCAUCCUUGCCAUUGCCUGUACUUGGCGACGUUCAUAUUUGUCUGUGCACCCUGGAGCGUAACUAAUGCCAUCUCACUAACCAGGGUUGCGAUUGAGGCGUGCAUGGCAGCAGCAGUACCUAAUCCCUAAGGAGGCAGGGCAGCGUACCGAGCGGGGCGACCGGCGAAAGUGAAUGUUGAUAUUGUCUUGUCACGGUGGAGCGCCUGCAAACAGCGACUGGAACGCCCCGCUGUGUUUGUGAUUAGCAGUCGUCAACAAGACGACAUCCAACUGUCAUUUGCUCAAUCGAGCUGGCGUUCGCCGCGUUGUUAUUGUUAUCUCUAUUGUUUAUUGUUAUUAACUUAUUUUGUGUCGCUGUUGGUUUACCUAUUGUUACGUGUUGCGUUGUUACGAGAUGCGUUGUUACGUACAAUAUUUGAUUAAGCCUUCUUUCGUAUGCUGGAAUGCUCAGAAGAAUCACCAGUUGGCUGAAAGUGUAUAAUGCGUUAUGUUUUAUUGCGUCUCCGUAGUGUCUGCUUAGAAAGCCGGCGCACCUUUUUAUCGUUAAGACUUGAGUGACGGCGUCCGGCGCCUGAAUCUGUUACCAGCGGCGCCGUGGCCAACAGGAAUUCCAAUCAGAGAGGAGAAACUACAUUGCUCGCUCGUGCCAUGCCGUACAUCCGGCCCCUCGGGAUGUUGUCCGGGAAUAAACCUCUCGACAUCAAAACGCGUGUGUUGUGUCCCUCCAAUAAAAGGCGAGUUGGC